CCCUCUCUCUCUCUCACAUUCUUCCUCAGAUAGAGACCUCCAAAUCUUCAUCCUCCAAUCACAAAAUCCAAAUCUCUCUUUAUAUCAUUUGAGUUGAACAUGGACUCAUCUGCACUCGCAUUAAUAUCUCCAAGAAAGCUCAGAUCCGAUGUUUACUCCUACUCAUACCAAGAUGACUCCAACACACCAUUGGUGAUCGAUGUUCUUGCCUCGCUCAUUGAGAGAAGUAUGGCCAGGAAUCAAAGGAUUGUCAAAAAUUGCAGAUGGGCCUUGUCUAAAGACUCUAGAACCCGAGUUUUCGACUGCCACGAGACUCCGGACAUCACAAUUCAGUUCUAUCUAGAGAGGAUUUUCAGGUACACCCGGGCCGGGCCGUCGAUUUAUGUUGUCGCCUAUGUAUAUAUCGAUCGGUUUUGCCAGAGCAAUCCGGAAUUUCGGAUCAGUCCCAGAAAUGUCCAUAGCUUUCUCAUCACAACCAUCAUGGUGGCUUCUAAGUAUGCGGAGGACAUGAAUUACAGAAACUCAUACUUUGCUCGAGUUGGGGGAUUAAAGACUGAAGAAUUGAACAAGUUGGAGCUCGAAUUCCUGUUCUCGAUUGGUUUCAAAUUGCAUGUCAAUGUAAGUGUUUUUGAGAGCUAUUGCUGUCACUUGGAGAGAGAGGUCAGCAUUGGAGGAGGUUACCAUAUAGAGAGGACUUUAAGAUGUGCCGAGGAAAUAAAAGCAAAGCAAAGAGAAGAAAGAGGGUAUAAUAAUCAGAUUGCUCGUGUCAUGUUGUAGACUAGAAUGGGGAAUUUCAUCCUUUUGGCAAGUUUACCCCACCAUUAAUGGGAAUUUUCAAGGAUUUACAGGACCCAAGUCGAAAAAAAAGAUCAAAUGUAUAACUGUAGGCCUGAUUAUAUAUAUCUCAGGGAAAGGGAAACACAGCGAGUGCGUGUACUUUUAUAUAAACUAUAAACUA